GUGGUGCAUCACCAGAAGAGCGCUUGAGCUCCAUUAUUGAGCAGGUCAGCCGUUUGCCCCCCACCCACCUUCACCCAACCCUUCUUUGAGAAGAUGGGAAGUUCCUGCAGAUAAUUGCAGUGGCCCGAAGAUACAUCGGAGAUGGCGAAGCAUAAGAGCCCCAGCCGAGGAGAACCCCAAAGGCUCAGGUCGGCGCUGCUUGGAGGAUGCUUUCUGCUGUCGAUGAUCCUUCUUGUGGUGUACACCAGCUACGUUGUUUCCUUCUCCAACCUGACCUUCUGGCGUUCAAAUCAAGCGGCUCCUCCUGUUCCCAAGGAAGAACACAAGAUCACAGCUUCUGAUCCAGCGGAGACAAGGCCCCAAAAGGAGAAACUUCCAAGAAAUCCCUUUUGUGAUUUUUCAGACAGAAGGAAUGAUUAUUGUGAGAUGGAGGGUGAUAUUAGGAUCCAUGGAAACUCUUCCUCCAUCCUCUUUGUUACUUCCUCAAAUACAAAUGGUACAAACAUACAAGAAUCAUGGCAGUUGAAGCCUCAUCCUCGGAAAGGAGAUGCUAGAGCGAUGGCUCGCGUCACUGAAAUAUCAGUGAAAACUUUGUCUCCUCAUGGUGCUCCUAAAUGUGCCAUACGUAGCACAGUUCCGGCAAUAGUCUUCUCAACUGGUGGUUAUAUGGGGAACUUCUUCCAUGACUUCACUGAUAUACUUAUCCCUAUCUUUACAACAUCCCAACAGUUCAACGGGGAAGUUCAGUUUCUAAUAAGUGAGAUUCUUCCAAUAUGGAAUGACAAGUAUCGAAAACUACUAAAACCUCUCACUAAUUAUGAGAUCAUUGACUUCAACCAGGACCAUACAGUUCGCUGCUUUCCUCGUGUUAUCGUGGGUCUUAAAUUCCACAAGGAGAUGAGCAUUGAGCCCUCAAGGUCCCCUUACGGUCUCUCAAUGGUUGAUUUUGGAAGGCAUGUCAGAAAAUCUUUUGCAUUGGAGCGUGACACCACGAUUAAACUGGGACCAGAUCAAGAUAAGAAGCCUAGAAUCCUAAUUAUUGCAAGGAAGUGGACGAGAAUAUUUGCCAAUGUCGAUGAAAUAGUUCGGAAAGCGGAAGAGAUGGGCUUCGAAGCUGUUGUUGCAGAGGCGAAGUAUGACUUGGCUGAAUUUGCACGCAUAGUUAACUCAUGUGAUGUGAUGCUGGGAGUUCACGGCGCCGGGCUAACUAAUCUUGUCUUCCUUCCAACCAAUGCAGUGGUGAUCCAAGUUAUUCCUCUGGGUGGAUUGGAGGGGAUAAGUUGGAUUGACUUUGGAUUGGCUACCAUAAGCAUGAAGAUGCACUACUUGCAGUAUAUGAUAAGUCUAGAAGAGAGCACGCUGACAGAGCAGUUUUCUAGAGGCGAUCCAGUGCUCUCUGAUCAGAAGGAAGCUUACAGAAAACAUGGGUGGGAUCGAAUGAUCGAGCUGUACUUUUUCAAACAGGGUGUGAAGCUCGAUACACAGAGGUUCAGCAGUACUUUACUGCAUGCCCUUGAGCUUCUUCGUCAACGGUAGAUAGCGGCACCAGUUUGAAACUACUCGCCUUGAUUAAUUCGCAUUGUAUUUUUCUUAAUAAGAUUAAACAAACAUGAAGUUCCCCCAGUGCUUUCCAGGAAAAUAGAGUAUGUGUUCUUUAA